AUGUUAACACACACCGAACUCAGUCCACCUUCAAGACCAGCCUCACAGCCCGAUGGACUUGCCUCUAACACCAGCUCUCAAAGCGGUCCUGCUGGCUCCCGACAACUUCCAGAGUCCAUGCCCGUGAUGUAUACUGACCUCCCUACAGAGAAUCAGCAAACCGGUGCACCCGAGGACUUUCUCCCUGCCAAGUCGUCGAUGGCUACUCGAAAUAACGACAGUGCAGACAGCGAGGACACGCUGAGUGGCAGUUCUUCACUGCCCGUGGAUCGCCCUACGGACCCGAUUUCAAGUCAAACCCGUGGAAUAAUCUUUCUUAGCACCCCACAUAGAGGCAACUACUCCCUCAUGUUCCUCUACCACUUUCCCAUGUUCUUUGCUCUGACUCCGGAGGCUAGGCAGUUGCGUCAAAGUAAGCCUUAG